AUGCCAACCCCCGAGUCUGCCCUAUCAGCUUUUAACAAGCUCAAUGACUCCGUCUAUAUCUCGGAUCCCACUGAGCUCCUAGAAAACAACAACCCACCUCUAAUCGUCCUUGCAUUAUGGAUGAACGCCGGUCCAGCCGCCCUACUCCGAUAUGGAAACCAGUACAGGCGCAUGAUUCCCUCCGCUCGCAUUGUGAUGCUCCGUUCCACGACCAAUGACUUCUACUUCGGUUCGAGCGACACCGCUCAGGCUACCCAGCUCGGUCCCGCUGUGGAUGCCUUACGCACGUUCGCCGUCCCCGGGAACCCGGUAUUCAUCCACCUCUUUUCCAACGGUGGCAUGUUGAAGACUUCUCAAUUGAUGCGGGUUUUCAAAGACAUGACCGGUAAUCCACUACCUGUCUCGUCGAUGCUUGUGGAUAGUGCCCCUGGCGUGACGAGUAUCCAGUCCGCUAUGAACGCGAUCUCUUUCCAGCUUCCGCGGUUCUGGCUCUGGAGGCUACUUUCCAAGGCUGCCUUGUGGGUAUUUUUAGUUUCUAUGGGUGUUUAUGGAAAGAUCACCAAUACACCGAAUCCGGUCACUGUUGCUUGUGAGAGGAUUAAUGACAAGGAUCUUUAUCAGGCUGCUGGGGAGGGUCUGGUCCGUUAUUAUGUUUACUCUGAUGCGGAUAAUAUUGUUCGCUCGGAGAAUGUUGAGGAGCAUAUCAGGUACUCAGAAUCAUGUGGCGUUGUUGUGCGUCCUGAGAAAUUCCAGGGUGCACAGCAUGUUAUGGCUAUGAGGACGGAUCCGGAGCGGUACUGGGCUAUUGUCGAUGAGUGCUUGAAGCUGGGUCAGUCGAGUUGA